AUGUCGAAGGACAUGGUGCCCGAGAAAGCGAUGUGGCAGGCUUCCCAAGCGCUGCCGGAGGAUGUGGGCAAGCGACUCUUCAACUAUAUGAAGCGGUCCUGGACAACGGCUCUCGCGGACCUUCUCAAGGACCGUCAGGUUGAGUGGAUGGCGCCGCAGGAUCGCCAGGAUCGCUUUGCUCGAGCCUGGAUCUCCGAUACCUUGUGGCGACUAUACCAGUCCGCUGACAGCUGGCAGACGGCGUCCAGUGAGCUGAGCAUCUCCAAGAGGGAGGCGCAGGAGACCUUCCGCAACGUCCUUUGCCGACCGAGGGUGAUACCACCUCAGGUUGGCAAAGAUGUUGUCCCGGAGGAUUGGAAUGUUAUCGCCGAUGCAGUGGAGGAGACCUUUGCCGAGAUCACGGAGGCGCCGGCCAAAGCUCUGCAGAAGCCGUCGAAGCCUCCCAAGAAGAAGCCGCCCAACACGCGAGGGCGUGGCAGGGGAUAUGGCUACGCCCGGGCGCAAAGCAGCCGAGGGGCGCUGGCCGACAUGCCCGGACUGACCAAGGAGGCGGUGCCCUACUGGUACCGCAAGCUCAUGGACGAGCAGCCGAUGCCGCCAGGUCACAUCAGUGAGGAGUACCAAAGCCACACUCGUGGCGAGCGGGUGGUUUGCGAGGAUCGCAAUCGCCACAGCCGCGACUGGAGCGAUCGGCCAAGCGAACGGCCCAGCGAGCGGCCCAGCGAGCGGCCCAGAGAGCGGCCCAGAGAGCGGCCCAGCGAGCGGCCCAGCGAGCGGCCCAGAGAGCGGCCCAGCGAGCGGCCCAGCGAGCGGCCCAGCGAGCGGCCCAGCGAGCGGCCCAGCGAGCGCGCGCCGUGCCGGCCUCUUCGAAUGAGGUCCAGCAGGCGUAGCCCUCGAG